AUGAUUGCCAAAGGUCUUCUCGACACACCCCUCGCUGAUAUGUGGGUUAGGGAUUCCGGAUCGUUUCUAGCAGGCGAACGGCAUAAACAUGUGUCCGGCUGGGAAUAUUUGACUCAGAAUAACCCCCAACAGGACCUAAUCAUGUCCUGGAUAAAAGACGGGAUCAAUAUUCAUCAGUUUAUUGUUCCAUUUCAUGGUACAUAUCGCCGAAAGAGCUAUCACCAUAGCUUCCCUCCUGAUGCAAUUUUUCCCAUUAAUAAGUCGUGUAUACCCCAUGCUCAAGUUAUCUCCACCGAGAUCGAAAAGAAGAUCGCCAUGCGCGCUAUGACCGUGCUCGGGAGGGUAGGGGAAAUCCCGCCUCCCCGAAUAGUCAUGCCACUUAGUAUCGAGCCGUCCAAGCCACGCUUGGUUCACGACCAGCAAUAUCUUAACUGCUUUACGAAACAUUACCCCUUCAAACUGGACCAAGUUCUCAAUCUCCCAAGAUACCUCGGGAAAGAUUCUUACACACUAAACUAG